CGCUGCGCCUGACCCGCCCCCGCUCCUGCCACCGCCGCCGAGCAGCCUCCUUUUCCCGGGCAGGGAGCAGCUGAGGCUGCUCAGGGCUGCGCCACGUCGGAGCUGUCAUGCUCAUUACAACUUGUGGUUGACUUGUACCCAACUUGAAGUCACGGGUGGCAACCCUACUAAAUAUAAAACAAAAAGCUAAAUACAAAUCCUGCUGGAAGUUAGCCUCCAGCUAAACAGAAUAACAUCAGCAAAGAAGUCAGUUGGUUCCUUCUCCAUAUAUUUCAUCUCACUGACAUGUUAAUUUCAAAAGGGUCAUUGUGCACCUGCACCAACUGAUUCCUGAUUCGUAUGUUCAACAAUAUGGUUUCCUGACAAGAAGAAAGCAGGAUAUCAGAUAGCUACAAACUCUUCAGUGAAUGUAAACAUUGGUGCUGGUUUCUACAAGAUGUGAAGGGACUCACCACUAGGGAACCUAGUACAGUGUAGUCAACAAAGCUCAAAAUGUCUGCUAUUGGUAAUGUGGCCAUCAGAGAGAUGAAAGGUAUCUUGCCUUGUUUGGUCUGAACUUGACAAAAUCAACAUCAUAUGGGCAAAAUAAAACAGAAAGGAAACUUGUUCUGAAUAACAGAAUGCCAAAGAAAAGGAAAAAUCUGGGUGUGAGUCCCUCCAGGAAAGUCGUGGAUUCGGAGAGAAUGGCUGCUUCUGGUGAAGGACUGGUACCACCUUCAGAUGUGGCAGUGUCACGAGCAAUUUACAGUGUCAAUCAGGAAGAGCUCUUAAACAACAUGUCAGAAAUGUUUUCUGACCUGGAUGCUAGUGUGGUUUAUAUGGUGCUGUCUGAAUGUGAUUUUAAAGUUGAAAAUGCUAUGGAUUGUCUGCUAGAACUUUCCACAGCUGCUAAGGGAGUAAUAUCUUCAAAAGUCUCAGGUUUUGAUUCAAUAGCAUCAUCUCUAUCUCUUGUUAACCAGCAAAGCUCUGUUGCAAAUGAAAUAGUGGGUGAAAGUUGUGCAAAAGAAGAUAUUGUGAACUAUAAAGAAGAAUCAGAAAAGAUCCCAUCACCUGAUAUUCAGCUGACUGAAGAGCUAGAUUCCUUGAUACAAACUGCUUUUGAGAAAUACAGUCUGAGAGACAAAUUGUAUGAUUCCACAAAUGACAAAAUCACAGGAAAGCAGCCUGUGACAUUGGACCAGAGUAAUUCUAAUGGCAUUAAUGAAUUUCCUGAGAGUGAAAAAUCCUGUUUAGGGUUUAAUGUCUUGCUUUCUCUGCAGCAAGCAGAGACAGAGAAUGAGAAGUUAGAAAACAACUCCUCUGUGUUAAUCUCAGAGGGUCACAAAUCUUCUCAGCCGGCUGUAAGUAAAUCUAGCAUUCAAACAAAGAAUAGUUCAUCAGCUGACAUGGACAUUUUUGCACAAGUAUCAGUAAGAUCUAGUCUGCCAGAAAUUAAUACUGACAAUGCUCCAGAAGUCAUUAAACCAACAAACUCGGAAGUGGCUUGUAGAAAUCUUAAUCAAUCACAGAAUAUUGUUUUAGACCAUGGAAGUUUGAAUGCUUCUGGUCAUUUCUUCCAGGGACUUGGAGAAGCUGGUACAACAGCUAGCGGAAAUUCCAGCUCAAAAUGCCUUGAACCACAGGAAGGUGUAAUGGCUGUGUGUAGUAGCCAAAAAAGCAUUUCUCUCCCUGAAGUGUUUGAAUCUCCUGAAGGAUCCAGUUUCAAAUCGCCACAACUUGCAGAUGUUCAGCAGGGAUGGAAUUUACAUAUUUUUCCACCACCACAGCACCCUCCACAGCGUCCUUGGAAUCCAAUGGCUCCUGUGUUUUAUCCAUCAGGUGGAAAUCACAGCUUUGUAAUUCCAGUAGCUAUCAGUCCGGGACAAUGGAGGCCUGUUUCAGACUACAGGACGCAUGGCAAAGGAAUGCCUUUUCCUCCUCCAGUGGUUUCACAUGUCUGGGAUAGCAACGCAUCUCCGAAGGUAUGGGGAAAUCAAGAUGGAAUCCAAAAAUUGAACCUCUCUCAAGUACACCAACCACCUGUUUGUCCGGUAAUGAGAAAAAAGACACAUCUUGUAGGUCAAGUUCUUGUUCUUCUCAGAGGGGUUCCAGGAUCAGGAAAAUCUUUUUUGGCAAGGACUUUGCUUGAGGAUAACCCAAGUGGAAUCAUUCUUAGUACUGAUGAUUACUUUUACAAAAACGGACAAUAUCAAUAUGAUGCAAAUUGCUUAGGAGAAGCACAUGAGUGGAACAGGAAACAAGCCAAAGAAGCAUUUGAAAAGAGAAUCUCUCCUAUAAUAAUAGACAACACAAACAUACAGGCAUGGGAGAUGAAGCCUUACGUUGCUUUGUCUCAGCAGUACAAAUACAAAGUAAUGUUCCGAGAGCCUGAUACUUGGUGGAAGUUUAAACCAAAAGAGCUUGAAAGGCGAAACAUUCAUGGUGUAUCUAAAGAAAAGAUCCAAAGAAUGUUGGAGCGUUAUGAACGUUGCCUUACUGUUAACUCAGUCUUGAAUUCUACUGUCCCAAACAAAUCAGAAAAUGCUGAUUGGAAUGAAGUUCCUUGUCAGGGGGAAGGCUAUGGGCAAAAAGAGGUACAUGCGUAUGUGAAAGAAGAGAGACUUUUUGCUUCGGCUUCAAAGCCUCCCCAAUUAGCUGAAGAGGAGAAACAUGCAUCUGCUACAUCUUCAGCAGUAGAAAAUAACUUAGCAGAUAAAUGUUUUCAAAAAGAAGAGGAGGAAAUUGAAAAUAAUUUAAGACAACAAGUUUCUGAGAAUAGCAUUAUUCAAAGUGGUGUGGAAAUCAGUUUAUCAGAUUAUGAAGAAAAAGAAGUGCCUUUGGGGCAAAAAACUGUAAAAAGAGAAGAAAUACAUAGAAUUACUGAAACAGAAACUUCUAAAACUAAUGAGGUGAAAUCUGUAGAAACCACACACUUGCAUAUCUGUUCUUUUGAACAUAUUCAAGAACAUAGUGACAAGAUUCUGGAAGUUCAAACUGAAAAAGAUCAGUACAAUGAAAUUGAAGUAGAACCAGUAGUAACACAUGAAAAUAACAUUAUGAAACAAAAUGGUUCAUCUUUGGAGGUAUCAGUGAGGCCAGAAUUAUUAAACUUUCUGGGUGACUGGCCUGUAGAACAAACAAUCAGGCAGAGAACCAAAAGGACUAGAAGAAUAGAAAAAUUUCCUAUGAAGCGUGAUAAAGAGGAUAAAGCAAUGAGCCAGCAUCUUCUUGAUUCCCACAAGUCACAAGUGGACCUGGCAGAUGUUCAGCAGGAAGUACUACCUGGUGAAAAAAGACAGGGGGAGGAAAAUUUAGUCUCUGACUCUUUCUGUGUUCUUGGCGCAGAUAAAAUUACCCCAGAAUUGCAAAUGAUGGGAGACUGGCCUGCUAUGAGCUCUUUACAGCAGAGGCAACAUAGAUCAAGGAGAAUAUCAAAGAGAAGUCUAAGUGAAUCUGAUGAAGCUGGAAAUAAUAAAUGUGAUAUACACAAAAAUGUUCUUGACACAGUGAAUAUGCUUCAUGGAACGUCUGUGAGCACUGAAGAGCUACAGGACACAGCGACAUCACAUUUUCAAGAACCUGAAAGAGUAGCUAGUGAAAAUAUCAGUGAGAAAAAGCCCCAACAAAAUAAAAGAACACGGAAGCAUCAUAAAUUAGCCCUCACGUUUACCAACAGCAGUGUAGCCCUCUCCAAACCGGAAGAACAGCUGGAAAAGGAACCUGAGAAACACAUCUGUAAACAACCAAGCAGGUAUUCACAGACUGAGCCACAGGAUUUCGCGCUUUUAUGGAGAUUAGAAAAGAAAAUUAUUAUUUCUGAGAAUAUUAUUUCCGAGAAUACCAAAGUAUUACAUGGCAGAUUAGAAGCAUUCAGACCAAAAGAUAUGGAUGCUGCUUCAAGUUCUCAAGAAAAAAUACCCUAUAGAGUUAUGUAUGAUAAAAGCACACAUGUGGAAGAAAGUGAACUUAUCAGUAUUGAUGAAUCUGAAAAUCUGAAUGUUCUUUGUAAGCUGUUUGGGUCCUUUUCAUUCGAUGCAUUGAAAGACUUGUAUGAAAGAUGUAACAAGGAUAUUGUCUGGACCACAGGCCUGCUCUUGGAUUCUGAUGAAAAGUUGUGUAAAGGCGAAGACAUUGAAUGCUUGCAGGAGGCAGGAACUGAGCCAGCUACCGCAGACCUUGAAUUCAAGGCAAAUACAAACUAUGGAGAGAAUCUUAAAAAUUCUGAACAAACCAGCCAAAUAAUUGGGACUGAUGGUAUCACUCAGCUUUCAGAAAACAAUUUAUCAGUGUGUUAUGCAGAGAGUGAAACUGCAGACAUACUUGAAACAGAUGCUAAAAUAUCUGACUCACUAACAAGACUUCCACCGAGUGCUUCAGUAAAACUCAAAAAUACCAAGGACAUUGCUCCCAGAACUCAGGCAGAAGGUUCAGGAACAGAUAUCAUCGAGCAGUCUGUUUCAGAGACACAGAAAAUAAACUUAAGGGCCAUGAGCCUUAUUAAUGAAACAGAAGAAAAACCAGUGAUGCCACAGCUUGAUGUGGGCUUAUGUUUUCCUGAGACUUUCCAUAAGGUGUUUAACACUGCUCCAAACAUUUUGAAAUCCAAAUUAAAUAAGGAGAUAGACAAUAAAUGUUCAGAAACAUAUCUAGAGAGUUCCAAAGUAAAUAAUAUGAUUCUUCCGUUACUGCAAAUGGAUCAAGCACCUUUGAAGAACUGUGCAAGUGAUGUAGAAGAACUGGAAACCUAUAAAGAAACUCAGGGGAAUGAUAUGAUAGCAACUGGAGGUGAUAGAGAAGAAAGCAAACCUUCUAAUAUGGAUGAAGAUAGAACCAAGAUAUUGAACCCUGCUUCAUUAUCCUCAGGAUCCAUGAAUAUAAAUUGCCUAGAAUUGGCAUUACCUCCUGAACUAGCCCUUCAACUGAAAGAAAUAUUUGGGCCAGUUGGCAUUGACUCAGGAUCUCUAACUGUUGAGGAUUAUGUGGUUCAUAUAGAUCUGAAUCUGGCCAAAGUGAUUCAUGAGAAAUGGAAAGAAUCUAUUAUGAAGAGACAAAGGAUGGAAGAUGAAUAUUAUAAGCUGCUUAUGCAAGAUGGUGAUGGAUCUGCUAAUCAAGCAUUCAGUCCCUCAGCUCCCCAGGAGGAAUCCUUCCUCUGCAGCAAACACCCUCUCCACUCACCUACGACCUGGACUGUGACUUCAAGCCACAAUCUGGUCCUUAGACUUAAAGAUCUGGAUGACUCGAAUACAAUCUUAUCUCAGAGCACAGACAAUCAACUGCAGAGAAAGAAAAUGGCCUGUUCCUCUCGAUCAUCAACAGACACACACAGUGAAAAUCUAGCAACAUCAGAAAUUUUCCCUUUUAUGGAUCACUGGAAUGCACAGACUCAAAGAGUAUCACUCAGAGAAAUAAUGUCUGAAGAAAUAGCCUUACAGGAGAAACAGGACCUGAUCAUGCUAUAUCUCGGUGUACAGAAACAUGUUCCUUCCAUGGCUAGAAAGGACUGUGCUGCCAGUUUGAAAGAGAAGCAACUGUUUGAGAUGUUCCCAACCAUAAACCAAAACUUCUUAAUGGACAUCUUCAAGGAUAACAACUACUCCUUAGAACAGACCGAGCAAUUUCUGAACUGUGUCCUGGAGGCAGACCCUGUAAAAACAGUUGUAGCUCAAGAGAUUGCUCAGCAAAGUGACACUCUCCCUUCCUGUAGUGCUAUAAAGAACCGAGAGAAAAAGGCAAAAAAAUCCAAAGAGGCUGAAGAUGUUCUGAAUGAGAUGGUGUUCCAAGACAUUGAGUACCCUGGGUACAAUGACUUUAGAGCAGAGGCUUUCCUUCACCAGGAAAAGAAACAGGAAUGCUUAAAAAAAGCAGAGGAGGCCUAUCGCAUGGGUAUGAAGCCUGUGGCAGCAUUUUAUGCACAACAGGGUCGCCUUCAUGAGCAGAAGAUGAAAGAAGCAAACCAUGCUGCUGCUGUGCAAAUCUUUGAGAAAGUAAAUGCAUCCCUGCUGCCUGAGAAUGUUUUGGAUCUGCAUGGUCUUCAUGUAGAUGAAGCCAUUAAUCACUUGUCCAGAGUACUACAGGAGAAAAGCCACGAAUACAAGCAGACUGGUGGUAAACCAUAUCUGUGUGUGAUCACGGGAAGAGGAAACCAUAGCCAGGGAGGAGUUGCUCGCAUCAAACCAGCAGCCAUUAAAUACCUCACAAGCCACAACUUCAGGUUCACAGAAAUAAAACCAGGCUGCCUGAAAGUCAUGCUGAAGUAAAAGGAUGUAAAGAAGGGGAGUGUGAAACUAGAAACUUUAAACAGUAUCAGUAAUUACAACUUAAUAUACUUUAAAAACAAUAUUUUAAUAGAAAUUUUUUCAACUUAUUUUAUAGCAAUUAGUUUUGUCAGCAUGUGUUUCCAAUAAAAUGGUAAGAGUGAAGUGUAUUUUUUCGUAACUCCAAAGGGAAGAUCCUCUUACAGAGAUUGUAAUAUGAGAAGUACAGACCUGCAAUACUGCUGAACAAUAGAUGCAGUGUUAAAGAGAAAUUAAGGUCCCAUUUUCAAACACUGCUUCCUUCUCAUUGAGACAGAGCCUAAGAUUAUCUCUGGCCGAAUACAUUUUAAUAGUUGUGGAUUUUGUAACUUAAAAUAUACACAGUAAAAGUUAAAUUGUUUAUAGAUAGUUAUUGUGUGUUUUAGAAUUUUGAGUUGAGAUUUUCAAAGGAGCCUAAAGGAACAAGGUAUCCAACCCCCAUGGAAAUUUGAAACCCAAGGCAGGUGGAUGCCUAACACUCAAAGGCUCUUUUUGAAAAUCUGAGCCAUGAUCUUUAAGUGGUGCUUUCUUGAAAAUACGGGCCAAUUCUGCUGUCCUUAUCCAUACAGAAUUCUUCUUGAAGUCAAUAGGAGUUGUGUGUUAUAAGGACUCUGGAUUGGGACCUAAAGUCUGUUAUGAAAUUUUAUUAAUGCACCUAAAUUCUUUAAGGAGAAAAACAUAACCUUGUAGUCUCAUCUCUACCUACAUUUUAUCUGUGUAUAAUAAAAUAAAUAAAUAAAUAGAUAAAUUGGCACAUCUCCAGUAGUAAAUAUUUUGUUUAACUGCAUGGCAUUUCAAGCACAUUUUCAAGCAGCAGAACAGAUUAUAGUAGUAUAGUGGUAAUUGCUUAACUGGAAAGAUCAGAUUAGAGGAAGAAUUUCUUUGACAUUAGCAGUACUUCAGGAUCCAGAAAAUGUGCUUAUAAUGCCUCUGCUCCCCCAUACUUAGAAGAUAUUUUUCAGUAAACAAUCAGAGCAUUUAUUUUAAGAACAAAAUGGAACGUCUUAAAAUAUGCUUUUAUUAUAGUAUGUAACAGCCUUGAAAAUUGAGAGGCAUAAAUUUCCUUUAAUAUAAUAGUUUUUAAAGCUUUGCUGUGAAACUUUGUUUUCAUAACAAUUGAGUUAUGUACUGGAAAUAAUGUUAAUAGCUGAAUGUGAGGUGUUUUUCAUAUUCUUAAGUUAGUAUGUCAGUAAAUGGAGGGAGGGGAUUUUCAAAACAGUACCCUUUGUUUGUACUUACACAGAGUUGUAUGCACACAAAUAACAGAAUUUACAUGCACCAUCCCAUUUGUAUGUGCCGUUGAGGCCUCGGGGGUCAGGCAGCCUUGGACUCAGCUAGUCUGGCAUGCCUCCAGCGCUGCAGUGUCCAGGCUGUUAUGUUUAGCAUGCUAGCUUGAACUGAGCUAGCAUGAGUCUGUCUACCCAUGCUAGGAAUCACACCUCCCAGCUGCAGUGUAGACAUACCCUCUAAUAACUGUGUUUUGGUUUGUGGUUAGUUAUGUACGCGAUUUGUCUCUCCACUUUAGCUCUCUGCCCUGUUCCUGUAGGCAAAAUGUUCAAAUAUAAAAGAAUCCUGCUGUUCAAGUCCUUAAGAGCAGAGUUCUUUUUAUGCUUCUGCACUGUGCACAAGGGGCCUGAAUAUGGUAACGGGCAGCAGUGUCAUAACAUAAGAUAAAUAGAUCAUUCUCUGGGGAAAUCAAUGGCCAAACUUCCAUUGAUUUCAGUGGUGUAUAAUCAAAUUCUAAGGUACCAAUUAAGCAAUGCAUUUUAAACAUGUGCUUAAGUCUCAUUAAAGCAAUGGGACUAAAGUAUUAUGCUUUGCUGAAUUGGGACCUAAAAAGGAGGAGAAAACCAGAGUGGAAGAGGUGUGGUGGAUAUACAAAAAACCUCCUCUCUAUCUUGGAUUAUUUGCCUAGUUUUCCAGAAGAAACAUUGAAACUUUUUUUUUUCAUUUUUAUAGCCUUUGUUUUGGGAGCCCAGUAAUUUAUUUUAUAAUGGGAAGAACUGUUUUAAAUAGCUGUAUUUUAAAAUAUUUUGAAGUAGGUAACAUUUUUUGGGACUUCCAGCCUUUGCGGUGUCCUUUUAAGAAGAAAUCAGUGACAUAAUUUUUACUAUGAAAAUUUCAAACUUUAAAGUAUUACCACCAUCACUCUGAAAGAACAUAGACUGUUAAAAUAGGUAUGCCCCAGUUUCUUCUUUUCCUUUUAUUUAACAGGACACUGUGGAGGUUAGUAGGCCAAAAAUAUGACUCCUUUCUUUUAAAAAUACUUGUUCUUAAAGUUCACUCAGUUUAUUAAAUUAAAAAAAUGCUUGAAAACAUUUUCCUAAAGAAAAGUUAAUGUCAGCAGCUUAGCAUUCAUGAGCAAUUCUCAAUAACAGACCUAUACAUGCACAGGCAGUGAAAGAAAACAUGAUUCUGUAAAGGAACAGAUUUGUUUAAAAAAAAAAA